GCCCUCUACAGGGACGUCAUGCAGGAGAACUACGAGACGGUGACCUCGCUGGGAUUUCCCAUUCCCAAACCUGAUCUGAUCGCCCGGCUGGAACGAGGGGAAGAGCUGUGGCUCCUGGAUCUCCAGGCCCCUGAGGAAUCAGAGGUCUCAAGAGGCAGCUGCAUAGGUGAUGAGACGAUGAGUGAGAACAAGGAGAAGAAUCCACAAGAGGAAGAUCCCGAGCAAGUGAAACUGCAGGGGAACUUUUUGAAAGGAGCUGAAGGACAUUUUUCCCAAUCCUUGGAACAGGGAAAAGCUUGGAGAAGUCGGAAGAGGUCAGAGAAGCAGCUGGGACACCACCCAAUGCAGAAAGAGGAGGAAUCCAUUGAAUGUGGGGUAGGAUGCAAGAAUCCCAAGGAAACCACAGCACCACAGACAAAUCCCAAGAAAGAAAAACCCUAUAAAUGUCUCAACUGUGGGAAAAGCUUCAAUCAGAAAUCGAACCUUAUCACUCAGCAAAGAAUCCACACAGGUGAUAAACCCCAUAAGUGCUUAGACUGUGGGAAAAGCUUCAACCAGAAAUCAUCCCUCAUUAUACAUCAGAGAAAACACACAGGUGACAGACCGUAUAAAUGCUCUGAGUGUGGGAAAAGUUUUACCAAGAACUCAUCCCUAAUGAAACAUGGGAGAAUCCACACAGGAGAGAGACCUUAUAAAUGCCUUGAGUGUGGGAAAAGAUUCAAUUUGAUAUCAUCCCUGACUACACAUCAGAAAACCCACACUGGAGAGAAACCCCAUAAAUGCUUGGACUGUGGGAAAACCUUCAGUGACAGCUCACAGCUUAUUAAACAUGGGAGAAUCCACACAGGAGAGAGACCUUAUAAAUGCCUCGACUGUGGGAAAAGCUUCAGUCAGAGCUCACACCUUAUUACGCAUCAGAGACUGCACACAGGAGAGAGACCCUAUAAGUGUCUCAGCUGUGGGAACAGUUUUGCUCAGCGAUCCAUCCUUAUCAGACAUCUGAGAAUCCACACUGGAGAUAAACCUCACAAAUGCCUCAACUGUGGGAAAAGUUUCGCUCACAGAUCAACCCUUAGUUCACAUGAGAAAAUCCACACAGGAGAGAAACCCCACAAAUGCUUGGACUGUGGGAAAAGCUUCAUUCAGCGAUCAGCCCUUACUACACACCAGAAAAUCCACACAGGAGAGAAACUCUAUAAAUGCUUGGACUGUGGGAAGAGUUUCACUCAGCGAUCAAACCUGAUUUCACAUGAGAUGAUCCACAAAGGAGAAAAACCCCAUAAAUGCUUGGAGUGCGGGAAGAGCUUCCGUCACAGCUCAGACCUUCUUAAACAUCAGAGAAUCCACACGGGAGAGAGAAUCUACAAAUGCCUCGACUGUGGGAAAAGUUUCACUCACAGAUCAACCCUUACGAGACAUCAGAAAAUCCACACUGGAGAGAAACCCUAUAAGUGUCUCAACUGUGGGAAAAGCUUCAAUCAGAAAUCAAACCUUAUCACUCAUCAGAGAAUCCACACAGGAGAGAGACCUUAUAAAUGCCUCGACUGUGGGAAAAGCUUCAGUCAGAGCUCACACCUUAUUGCGCAUCAGAGAGUACACACAGGAGAGAGACCCUAUAAGUGUCUGAACUGUGGGAACAGUUUCGCUCAGAGAUCCAUCCUUAUCAGACAUCUGAGAAUCCACACUGGAGAUAAACCUCACAAAUGCCUCGACUGUGGGAAAAGUUUCGCUCACAGAUCAACCCUUAGUUCACAUGAGAAAAUCCACACAGGAGAGAAACCCCACAAAUGCUUGGACUGUGGGAAAAGCUUCAUUCAGCGAUCAGCCCUUACUACACACCAGAAAAUCCACACAGGAGAGAAAGUCUACAAAUGUUUGGACUGUGGGGAAAGUUUCACUCAGCGAUCAAACCUGAUUUCACAUGAGAUGAUCCACAAAGGAGAAAAACCCCAUAAAUGCUUGGAGUGUGGGAAAAGCUUCCGUGACAGCUCAGACCUUCUUAAACAUCAGAGAAUCCACACAGGACAGAGAAUCUACAAAUGCCCCGACUGUGGGAAAAGUUUCACUCAGAGGUCAACCCUUACGAGACAUCAGAAAAUCCACACAGGAGAUAAACCCCACGAAUGCCUCCACUGUGGGAAAAGCUUCAUUCGGAGAUCAGCCCUUACUACACACCAGAAAAUCCACACGGGAGAGAAACUCUAUAAAUGCUUGGACUGUGGGAAGAGUUUCACUCAGCGAUCAAAUCUGAUUUUACAUGAGAUUAUCCACAAAAGAGAGAAACCCCAUAAGUGGUUGGAUUGUGGGAAAAGUUUCAUUCAGAGUUCAAACCUGAUUUCACGUGAUACAAGCCACAAAAGAGAGAAACCCCAUAAAUGCUUGGAUUGUGGGAAAAGCUUCCGUGACAGCUCAGACCUUCUUAAACACCAGAGAAUACACACAGGAGAGAGAAUCUACAAAUGCCCUGACUGUGGGAAAAGUUUCACUCAGAGAUCAACUCUUACCAGACAUCAGAAAAUCCAUACCGGAGAUAAACCCCACAAGUGCUUCGACUGUGGGAAAAGUUUCACUCAGAGAUCAACCCAUAUUAGACAUCAGAAAAUCCAUACUGGAGAUAAACCUCACAAAUGCCUCAACUACAGGGAAAAGUUUCAUGUGGAGAUCAAACCUGAUUUCACGUGAGAUGAUCCACAAAAGGGAGGAAACCCGAAAAGGCUUGGACUGUGGAAAAAGCUUCAAGAACAGCUCACCACUCACUGAAACAUCGGCGACACCACGCAGGAGACAACUCUUAGAAAUACCUUGACUGUGGGAAAAGAUUCAGUCAGAGCUCACCCAUUAUCAUACAUUGAAGGUGUUGUUAGAGUGCUACCGGUGUGGUGCUCUGCUUUCUCCUUGUUGAUAUCACUCGGCUGCGUGCGUGAGUUCCCUCUGUGCGCUGCCCCAACUCUGCAGAUAGCUGACACAGCAGACCCGACGAGAACCC